AUGGCUUGGCGGCUGACUGUGCCGGAACUCCAGGACCAGCUGCAGUGUCCCAUUUGCCUGGAGGUCUUCAAAGANCCUCUGAUGCUACAGUGCGGCCACUCCUACUGCAAGGACUGCCUGGAUAACUUGUCCCAACACCUGGACUCCGAGCUAUGCUGUCCUGUGUGUCGUCAGUCAGUAGACUGCAGCAGCUCCCCGCCUAAUGUUUCCCUGGCCCGGGUGAUAGAUGCUCUGAGGCUGCCGGGGGACAUAGAGCCCACCGUCUGCGUGCACCACCGAAACCCUCUCAGCCUCUUCUGCGAGAAAGACCAGGAAUUCAUCUGUGGUCUCUGUGGCCUGCUGGGCUCCCACCAACACCACCGAGUCACNCCAGUCUCCACCGUCUACAGCCGCAUGAAGAAUGAGUCCGAUGUCUUCAGCUGGGUGAUCCGAAGGGAGUUCCAGGAGCUGCACCACCUGGUNGAUGAAGAGAAAGCCCGCUGCCUGGAGGGGCUUGAGGGCCAUACUCGUGGCCUNGUGGCCUCCCUGGACAUGCAGCUGGAGCAGGCUCAGGGUACACAAGAGCGACUGGCUCAGGCUGAGCAGGUGCUGGAGCAGUUUGGGAACGAGAGUCACCAUGAGUUCAUCCGGAAGUUCCACUCUAUGGCCUCCAGGGCAGAGGUCCAGCAGGCUCGGCCUUUGGAAGGCGUAUUCAGCCCAGUCUCCUUCAAGNCAGCNCUCCACCAGGCUGACNUCAAACUGACCGUGUGGAAGAGACUCUUCCGGAAGGUUCUGCCAGCUCCAGCAUCUCUCAAGCUGGACCCGGCUACUGCCCACCCUCUGCUGGAGCUCUCUAAGGGCAACACAGUGGUGCAUUGUGGCCUCCUUGCCCAGAGACGAGCCAGCCAACCCGAGCGCUUCGACUACAGCACCUGUGUCCUGGCUAGCAAGGGCUUCUCUUGGGGUCGCCACUACUGGGAAGUGGUGGUGGGGANCAAGAGUGACUGGCGCUUGGGGGUCAUCAAGGGCACAGCCAGCCGCAAAGGCAAGCUGAACAAGUCCCCAGAGCACGGUGUAUGGCUAAUUGGCCUGAAAGAGGGUCGGGUGUAUGAGGCUUUUGGCUGCCCACGGCUGCCACUGCCUGUGGCUGGCCACCCUCAUCGCAUCGGUGUCUACUUACACUAUGAGCAGGGUGAGCUCACGUUCUUUGACGCUGACCGUCCUGAUGAUCUGCGGACACUCUACACUUUCCAGGCUGACUUCCAGGGCAAGCUGUACCCUAUCCUGGACACAUGUUGGCAUGAGAGGGGCAGCAACUCACUGCCCAUGGUACUGCCCCCACCCAGUGGGCCUGGGCACUUCACACUGGGACAGGUAUAG